AUGUUGUCUAAACUUGCAUCAAGCCAAGUUUCAGGUAAUAAUUUUGUAUAAAUUUCAACUAUUGUUUUCGAUUUGUUAUUGUUAUCAGAAUUCUAAAGUUUUGUAAUUGAGAUAUUUUGGUUUAGGACGUGUACCUCUUGUUGGACAGUUGACUCGUGCCUAUGCGACAGCAGGCGACAGUAAGUUUUUGCUAAAAAAAGUUUUGUGAAGUGUUUUAGAGUUUUAUAUUUUCAAUAAAUAAUUUGGAAAUUUUAGAUAAAACUGCUAGUUACAGUGUUCAGAAUGGCAUUGCCGUAGUUAAGAUUGAUCUCCCUGACGCUAAAGUAAGUGUGUAUUAUUGUUUUUGUUUGUUUUAGUAUACGACACUAACAAUAUCAACAUUUAUUCAUCCUUUACAAUCUUCAGGAGAAUGUUUUGAACGAGAAAGUAAGCGCCGAUCUUACAAACAUUAUCCAGAAGGUUGAGAACGACGACAAUGUGAAGGGUGUUGUUGUUAUGUCGGGGAAACCUAACAGUUUUGUUGCUGGAGCAGAUGUUAACAUGCUGAAGAAGUGCAAAUCAGCAGCAGAAGCCGAGAAGCUGUCUCGAGAAGGCCAGAUUCAGUACGAGCGUUUGGAGAACUUGAAGAAACCAGUCGUAGCUGCUGUUAUGGGUACCUGUAUGGGUGGUGGCUUGGAAUUGGCUAUGGCAUGUCACUAUCGUAUUGCUGUAAAUGACAAGAAGACGUCGUUUGCUUUGCCCGAGGUGAUGUUGGGACUGUUGCCAGGAGCUGGAGGAACACAAAGGUUGCCAAAGCUGGUGUCGUUGCCAAAUGCCUUGGACAUGAUGCUGACUGGUAAGUUGUGAUAGCAAAUCAGCAUUUAAAGUAACUUAAAUGUUGUUAUAACAAUUACCAUAAAAAUGUACUUUUUUCAAUUGAAACUUUUAAAGUAUAUCAUUUAAGGCAAAACCAUUAAACCAAAGAAAGCCAAGAGUAUGGGACUUGUGGACAGAAUAGUAGAACCAUUGGGCCCAGGAGCAGAAGACCCAGCCAUCAGCACUCACAAGUACGUGGAGAAGGUCGCAAUUCAAACAGCUCUGAAUCUGAGUGAGAAAAAGUUGAAGAUCGAGAGGAAGAGACCUCUGGUCGAGAGUGUGGUCAACUACUUCUUGACCCGGCGACCAUUGAUCGACUCUGUCGUUGUCCAAAAGGCCAAGGACAAGGUUAUGAAGCAGACCAAGGGUAACUACCCAGCUCCUUUGAAGAUUUUGGACGUAGUCCGUACGGGAUUGGUUGGCCCUCGUGAGACUGGUUAUGAACAAGAAGCCAAGGUUAGUUUGCUAUUCUAUGUUGAAAAUUCACAUCUGAAAUUCAAGAAUGACAGUUUAAAUGACAGUUUUAGGAAUUUGGCGAAUUGACCCAAACGCACCAAUCUGGGGCUCUUAUUGGUCUGUUUCAAGGCUCAACCGAGUGUAAGAAGGACAAAUACGGUCAAUGUCGAAAAGCAGAGUAAGUUUUAUCGAAUUUACAUUGUAUUUAUUGAACUAGAGUGCAUACCUAUAUGUAAAUGUUUUCCUUUUAGGCAUAUCGGUGUGAUCGGUUCAGGUUUGAUGGGAGCUGGAAUUGCUAAUGUGUCUAUCAACAAUCACAUAAGGUAAGAUAAAUAACCUUAAUGUUACUUUUUCUUAGUACUUCCCUGAUCGACGUCUCCCAAGAUGGUCUUGACCGUGGAGUGAAGCAAAUCGCUUCCCAAGUCCAAGGCCAACUCAAGAGAAAACGUAUCACCGUUCCUGAAAAGGGCGUCAUCCUGUCGCAUCUCCAUCCAGCUCUUAACUACAAUGACUUGAAGAAGGCUGACGUCGUCGUUGAAGCUGUCUUCGAAGACUUGGCUUUGAAGCACAAAGUCAUCAAGCAGCUGGAGGAAGUGGUCCCAGAACACUGUAUCAUUGCCACUAACACCUCGGCUCUACCUAUUAAGGACAUUGCAUCUGCCAGCAAGAGGCCUGAACAAUUAAUCGGGAUGCAUUACUUCUCUCCAGUAGACAAGAUGCAGCUUCUGGAAGUUAUCACUUCUGAUAAAACGUCGAAGGAAACGCUGGCUUCUGCUUGUAAGCUUGGUCUCCGUCAGAAGAAGUUGGUCGUCGUUGUUAAGGUGAGCUUUUUGUAGUCGAAUUAUAUUAUUCGUUGAAAUGCAUGGUUUUUAAUAUGGAAUUUAGGACUGUCCUGGCUUCUUUGUGGUACGCUGUCUCGGCCCAAUGUUGAACGAAGUCGUGAGACUAAUGCAAGAAGGAGAAGAUCCAAAACAUCUUGACAAGCUUACUACCGAGUACGGUUUCCCAGUUGGAGCCGCCACUUUAGCCGAUGAAGUGGGUCUCGAUGUAGCCGAACAUGUAGGAACAUUCCUGGGAAAGAGCUUGGGUCCAAGACAUCAAGGAGGCUCAGCCGACCUGCUAUCUGAUGUUGUGAAUGCCGGAUUCAAGGGAAAGAAGACGGAUGCUGGAAUCUACCGCUACGUGAAGGAGGGAAAGAAGACCAAGAAGGUAGUCAACGAAGAAGCCAAGAAGAUCGUCGAGAAGUACCGUGUAGCCCCACCAAAUGGAGUGUCGUCAUCUGAAGACAAACAACUUCGAGUCAUCUCCAGAUAUGUGAACGAGGCCUUGAUAUGUUUGGAAGAGGACGUGAUCAGAAGCCCUGUGAGUUAUUUUAUGGAUUACCUAAUUUAAAAAUAACGUGAAUUUAAUAACAAUAUGUUAAAUAUACUUGUUUUAGUCGGACGGAGACAUCGCCAGCGUGUUUGGUGUAGGGUUCCCACCAUUCUGGGGAGGACCAUUCCGAUUCGUGGACUUGUACGGUGCCGAGAAACUAGUUCAAAGCAUGGAAAAGUACGCGAACGCGUAUUCUGAAGCCCAAUUCGCCCCUUGCCAAUUGCUCAAAGAUCACGCCAAAUCUGGAAAAAAGUUCUAUUCCUAA